AUGAGGCAGUGGGUUGCAUUCGUAUACUUGGUACUUCACAGACGGUUUUUCAUGGGACGGAACAAAACUAAACGUCAGACGGCAAAACAUGAUCGUAAACGAACUGUUCGAGAUGCGAAACGAGAUGAGUCAAGUACGAUGACAUUGACAGAAGAGGGCACUUUGCGACAAAAAAAGCAGGACAAGUCAAAGUACGCUACCGUUUCCGUAGAGGACGUA